GUGGGCGCGGCUGACAGUGGCUGGCCGGGGCUGGGGAGCGCUAUGGCGUCCAGCAGUGCCAUCCAGAUCCCGAGCCGCCUGCCGCUGCUGCUCACGCACGAGGGCGUGCUGUUGCCCGGCUCCACCAUGCGCACCAGCGUGGACUCGCCGCGGAACAUGCAGCUGGUGCGCAGCCGCCUGCUCAAGGGCACGUCGCUGAAGAGCACCAUCAUCGGUGUCAUCCCCAACACCAGCGACCCGGCCAGCGACGGCGACGACCUGCCCUCGCUGCACAGGAUCGGGACGGCGGCGCUGGCCGUGCAGGUGGUUGGUAGCAACUGGCCCAAGCCGCACUACACGCUGCUGGUCACCGGCCUCUGCCGCUUCCAGAUCCUGCAGCUGCUGAAGGAGAAGCCGUACCCGGUGGCUGAGGUGGAGCAGCUGGACCGGCUGGAGAACUUCACCCGCCGGCCCCAGGCCGAGGAGGACCUGGGCGAGCUGUCGGAGCAGUUCUACAAGUACGCCGUGCAGUUGGUUGAGAUGUUGGAUAUGUCUGUCCCUGCAGUUGCUAAGCUGAGACGACUUUUAGACAAUUUGCCUAGAGAAGCUUUGCCAGAUAUACUGACUUCGAUCAUUCGCACAACCAACCAAGAGAAGCUUCAGAUUUUGGAUGCUGUUAGCUUGGAGGAACGAUUCAAGAUGACUAUACCAUUGCUUGUUCGACAGAUUGAAGGUCUGAAGCUGCUUCAGAAAACCCGAAAACCCAAACAGGAUGAUGAUAAAAGGGUUGUAGCUAUUCGUCCUAUUAGAAGGCUCAAUCACAUUCCAGGUGCUGCAGAGGAAGAGGAGGAAGAAGAAGAUCAUGAUGAUGUUGUCAUGCUAGAAAAGAAAAUUAGAACAUCCAGUAUGUCAGAGCAAGCUCUUAAAGUAUGUCUAAAAGAAAUGAAGAGAUUAAAGAAGAUGCCUCAAUCAAUGCCAGAAUAUGCUUUGACCAGGAAUUAUUUAGAACUGAUGGUGGAACUUCCAUGGAACAAAAGUACAAAAGACCGGCUGGAUAUUCGUGCAGCCAGAAUUCUUCUGGAUAAUGACCAUUAUGCCAUGGAGAAAUUGAAGAAGAGAGUAUUGGAGUAUUUAGCUGUCAGGCAACUGAAAAACAACCUAAAGGGACCCAUUCUUUGCUUUGUGGGUCCCCCCGGAGUUGGUAAAACUAGCGUGGGAAGAUCUAUUGCAAAGACCCUGGGUCGAGAGUUCCACAGGAUUGCCUUAGGAGGAGUAUGCGACCAGUCGGACAUUCGAGGCCACAGGCGUACCUAUGUUGGCAGUAUGCCUGGCCGAAUAAUCAAUGGCUUGAAGACUGUUGGGGUUAACAAUCCAGUGUUCCUGUUAGAUGAGGUUGAUAAACUGGGAAAGAGUCUGCAAGGAGAUCCUGCAGCUGCUUUGCUUGAGGUCCUGGAUCCGGAACAGAAUCAUAGUUUCACUGAUCACUACUUAAAUGUAGCCUUUGACUUGUCUCAAGUCCUGUUCAUAGCAACUGCCAACACUACAGCUACCAUUGCACCUGCUCUGCUUGAUAGAAUGGAGGUCAUUCAGGUUCCAGGAUAUACACAGGAAGAGAAGAUAGAAAUUGCUCAUAGACACUUGAUCCCUAAGCAGCUAGAACAGCAUGGCUUGACACCUCAACAGAUCCAGAUUCCCCAAGUAACUACCCUGGAUAUCAUCACCAGGUACACUAGAGAGGCAGGGGUCCGCUCUUUGGAUCGUAAGCUUGGAGCAAUUUGCAGAGCAGUGGCCGUGAAAGUAGCAGAAGGGCAGCACAAGGAAACCAAGUCAGAUCGUUCUGAAGUGACGGAAGGAGAAGACAGCAGAGAUCAUGUCACAGAAGAUGCAAAAACCGAGUCCAUCAAUGAUACAGCUGAUCUGGCCCUUCCACCUGAAAUGCCAAUUUUAAUUGAUUUCCAUGCUUUGAAAGAUAUCCUGGGGCCACCUAUGUAUGAAAUGGAGGUCUCUGAACGUUUAAGUCAACCAGGAGUAGCCAUAGGCUUGGCUUGGACGCCCUUAGGCGGUGAGAUCAUGUUUGUAGAAGCAAGCCGCAUGGAUGGAGAUGGUCAACUUACUUUAACGGGACAGCUGGGGGAUGUCAUGAAGGAAUCAGCACAUCUUGCAAUUAGCUGGCUGCGCAGCAAUGCGAAGAAAUACCAGCUAACUAAUGCUUCUGGAAGUUUUGAUCUCCUUGACAACACCGACAUCCAUCUGCACUUCCCAGCUGGAGCUGUCACAAAAGAUGGACCAUCUGCUGGUGUAACCAUAGUAACCUGUCUUGCCUCACUCUUCAGUGGGCGGUUGGUGCGUUCAGAUGUAGCCAUGACUGGAGAAAUUACACUAAGAGGCCUUGUUCUUCCAGUUGGGGGAAUUAAGGACAAAGUCCUAGCAGCACAUAGAGCUGGAUUGAAGAGAAUCAUCAUUCCACAAAGAAAUGAAAAAGAUCUGGAAGGGAUUGCAGUGAAUGUGCGGCAGGAUUUGACUUUUGUUAUGGCAAGCUGCCUUGAUGAAGUUCUUAAUGCAGCAUUUGAUGGGGGAUUUUCAGCCAAGACCGCACUUGAGCAUUUAAAUAGUAAACUUUAAAAACAGAUUACCUGCAUAUGAAAAUUUAGAAGCUGAUCAAUUUUCCAAUUGCAAGUGAUAAAAAAAGGUGCACAGCAUGGGAACAGUAAUUAAGGCUAACAGUGAUAUGCAGGAACUCAACUCAGUCUUCAGUUGGGCUACUAGUAUUAGAGUGGAUUUGUACCCAUCUACCACAUAAAUUUAAUAUAUGCAACUUGUGCACCCAAGUAGAUAGUGACAUUUUUCAAAAGGCUUGAAUGGUUUGCCCUACUUCUCUGCAAGUUCAGUUGUAUAUUGACACCUUCUAAAUUCACUUUUCUAAACUUAACUUUUCUAAGUUAAACUUAUUUCCAAUUAUUUUGGGUAUGGACAAUCACAAAAAUCUGUUCUUGAAGAGUAAAACAAUUUUACAGAAAAAUUUGAAAGUUUAUUAGGCAUUUCUGCAAGGAUUUCUAAACUAAAGAUUAAGUCACAAAAUAAGAAUUUUUCAAAGGAAAGAUAAAAAUAAAGCAAAAAAUCAGUCUCCUUCA